CAACAUACUGUUUGUCAAAUAUUGAGUAUACUCCUCUCUGUUGCUAACAGCAGUGAUGACCAAAUGUAGUUGAUUAAAACCUCAAAGAUGUCACACACCGACAUCGACGUAAAUUCUCAGAGCUGCUGAUUUGACAUGAGAUUGGAAAAUCUUAUAAAUAGAGGUUCUCACCCCCUGAGUAGAGAUACAAGUCAGUGUCUGAGAAUUAACCCACUAUCAGCCUCAAAGCAGAGGAGCAGUUCUCGUUAAAGGUCUUGAGUCAGUCAGUGAACUACCCACAGAUCUUGUCAUCAUUAGAAGCAGCAGUUUGUUGCUAAACCAGCACUUCACUGCUCGAGUUUGUCACAGCUUCCUGUGUGGUGUGCAGUUUGUCAGUUAGAUCUGGAGGAGAGCAGAGCGAAAGACUCUUCUGGUAAGUGACACCGUUUCCUCCUCUCUCACACGAUUAACUUAAAAACUCGACUUUAUUUUCUUAACUGAAGCGUUAACUUUAAACAUUUCGAAGUUUUGCAUUUGCAAAAACUCUAUUUGACAGCACUGCGAUAAAGUAACAUGGACCUUUGGGGCUAAACAAUUCCUUCCUGGUGAUAUCCUGUUAAAUGUAGUAGUCUGCAUGUGUGACAUUCACCAUUACAGCGCAAAAAAUGUAUUUUAUACAACUUAUUAAGCACUGUUUUAACUAAAAGACAAUAUACAGAAAGGAAAUUCAGAAAGGAAACUAGAUGACAACCAACUCUACUAAUCUCAAAUAAAUUUUCAAUUUUGAUAUACUGUUAGAUGAACUGUUAGAUAAUUGAUAUUCUGUGCCAUUUUGAAAAGCUGAACUUUACCAUAACUGAAAAGGCGGUUUAUUUAUCAGUUUACAGACAUUUUAAUGAAAAAGGCCAAAAACUACUUUCUUCCAUGAGAUGCAACUUGUUCAUGUAAAGCUUAUUGAUAGUGUUCAUGCUAUGCAGGAGUAUCCAUUAGUGCUGACUGAGAUGUAUGACAAACACAUGAUUUCAGUUUUGCAGUUAUCUUGAGAGAGAGCAUUGAAUAUAUUGAAUUUAUAUGUGGUUCAGACUUGUAUGUUCGUGCGGACAAGGUGUGAGAACAACUGCAGCACAUGUAAAAAUAGACCGACACACUUUCCACUCAGGCUUUUCUCUUGCAGCAAACUUCACUUUUGCUUUGUCUGUAUCAACAGCUGACGGUGUUCCUAACCAGGGAAAGCCAAAUCAAAACCAACACACUCCAAAUCCACUAAUUCAAAAAUGUCAAACCCAGUGGUCACCCAUCAACCAGGUGCAGGCGGCUAUGGAACAAAUGUACAAACAGGAGAGUGGAGCACGGGCCUGUGUAACUGCUGCAGUGACAUUUUAGUCUGUGAGUACCAAACAUGACGAUUCAACGUUUUUCUAUUGUCUUCCACUCAAUAAACCAACUCACUUUUACGCUCUUGAACUAAAGAAAAACUCUCAUAUUUUGCAGGUGCUAUUGGUUGCCUCUGUCCAAUUGCACUGGACUGCUACACAGCAAAAAAAUAUGGUGAAAACUGCUGCUUGGGCUGUGUGCCAGGAGGCAUGACUGCCAUGAGGACUCAUAUGAGACUGACCUAUGGUAUCCAGGUGGGUUCUUGUACUGUAAUAAUUAUACGUUUUGAACACCCUGACUCAACUUUUGGGUGUUGCUGUAAAUCUCUCACUGGAAGCCUGGUCUGUUUUUGUAAUUCAGCUCUUGUGAAAGACAGAGAUUUCAUAAAUGUUGGAAAUGUUAAAUGUUCCCAUGUGAUGAAGAAAGUUGAACUGCAGCAGCUGUUUGUUGAUUCCUGUGGUGACUGUGUUGAAAUUUUUAAAUCGCAGGGAACAAUAUGCAAUGAUGCCCUGAUGACCUUUUGCUGCGGACUUUUUGAGACAUGCAGGAUGGCGAGAGAAAUCCGCAUCCGGAAUGGAGAAGUUACGCUGUAAAGAGACCCAAAGGAAUCUGACUGUCCGUAAACAGAGCUGACUGUUUGUCGAAAACUUGUGGAAGUGAUUUUUUCCCCCCUAUCACAUACCUACCUUUCAUGCAGACAACAAAUAAUGAACAGCUGACAAAUCAUAUAAUUCACUGCAUCUUGUGUAAUUUUACCCAUGAAGCUGUUUGUUUAUAACAAACCAUUAAUACUGAUCUGAAAUACUGUAUAUAAUGACACUGUUCAGUCUAUUAAAACUCUGGUUAUAACAUGAUCAUGAAACUUUGUACAAAAUUGUCAAUAAAAAUAUAUUUACAUU